AAGGGAGAUUACUUGAUAAAAGGUAAAUAAGACUGAACUAAUGGCGACAAUCUUGAAAAAAUAAAUUAGUUGUGUUUAAUUAAUAAUAAACUAUAACUUAUGGCAAAUGAUGACAUGUUGUCAGUUUUAUGAAUCAGUGUGACUAGACAGGGGAAGAAAUACACAAUAUUCAGCAUGUCUGAAGUGGGAGAGUUACAACAAGCAGCUUUGAAGAGAAAAGCUCGCUUGCAGGAGAUGAAAGCGAAAAGACUUUGUCAAACAGAAGAUUCAUCAGAGAACCAGCAAACGAAAGAUAGCAAAACAGACGAAAAACUUCCUAAACCUUUAUUUCGAAGUUAUCAACCAAUUGAUGAAGCAUUACUGGAAAACCAGUUGCCUAAGGCCAAACCAGGAAAAGUUGAAGAUAAUAUUAAAGAGCAAUUAGCUGCUGCAAAUUUGAAGGCAUCUGUUGAAGAUGUGGAUCUAUUUAAUCUUGCUCCUCGCAAACCUGAUUGGGAUCUAAAAAGAGAUAUAUCCAAAAGAUUGGCAAAACUGGAGCGUCGCACUCAAAGGGCUAUUGCUCUCUUAAUACGGGAUCGUCUGAAAGGAAAUAGUCAAGAUCUAGUAACUGCUAUGAAUGCAACUGAUUCUUUAGCUAAAGGUGAUGAAGAGGAUGCUGACAAUGAUUGAUGUCUCCAUUUUGCGAUGUUAUAUGACAGGUUCAGCUAAAAUCUAUCUUGGUGUCUACAUACUACAACAAAGAAAUAAUUGAAGAAACUAAGCAAUAGCAGCACUUAUUUGUAAAUAUAUUCUGAAUGAGGCAGAAAAAACUCUUGGAUAGAGAAAAGGGUUUUCAAAGUAAAAAAAUUGGUUUCACUCAGACUUAAUGUUUUUACUAUAUUAUCUCACUUUGUAUAUGUUGCUUUCUGACAUGAAGUCUGAGAGUUUAUGGUGAUGACAAAUGGGAAGAUGUGAUGUUUGUUUAUAUUCUCCCAAGGGGUUUCUGUAAGUAAACUGAAGCAACCCCAGCUACACAAUAAAAUAUUUUUAAUCAGC